AUGAAUCCCCUCUUGCAGCACAUGCUAUUCCAGCAGUCCGGGUUGCCCGCUGGGCGAAGGGCGAAAGGUUACGGUAUGUUUCGUUCGUUCGCUUCUCCUCGUUCCAUCCUCCUCUUCCUCAAUACUUUCCCCGACUGUUACGAUGACUCUGAGAAGAGAGAGAGAGAGACCUCCAUCAAGAUCCCCAAUCUUCACUUCACGCAUGCUUACAUUCCUACUCUAGGCGCAUCGCCACUAGGAGCCGGGGGCCCGCAUCCUGUCCACCAGAUGAACUUCAUGGGCGGAGGCCGCGGGAUGGCCGGUCUUGUCAACAAUCCCUUCGGUGCGGGUGGGUAUCCCUAUCCGCGCGUGCCAAUGCCUACGACUAUGUCUAUGCCUAUGCCUAUGAUGAUGAUGGGAGGGGGUAUGGGCGGCAUGGGCGGUAUGGGCGGUAUGGGCGGUAUGGGUGGGCUGGGUGGCGGCGGCAUGGGAAUGAACGGCAUCAUCAACCCCAUGGUCCUCGCCCUUCUCCUCGGUGGCAGUGGCGGCAGUGGCGGCGGCGGUGGUAACGGCCUCGAAGAAGAAGAAGACUGGGAUGACGAUGGGGACGAGAUCGACCCCUUCGUCUCGGCGUGGAAGAGCAGUAGUAAAAGUCGCGGAGGUAGGCUUUUUCCCCCCAGCCCCCAUCCCCCGUGCGUUGUCGUCCUGUUUGCCGAGUUGCAUUCGAGUUGGCUUGGCUUGGGAGUUUCCGUCGCGGGCUCGGUUUCCCAACGCUGGCUUCAUAUACUGGCGUCCCUUCCGACGAAGCUAUAAGUGGCCGUAUGCUGAUUCGUCCCGCAGGAAUGAAUCCGGCCGCCGCCGCCGCCUUGAUGGGCAUGAUGGGCGCUGGUGGGAUGCGCGGCGGCAAUCUGGGGGCUGCUCUGCCUCAACUCGCGGCUCUGGGCAUGAUGUAG